GAACCGGGCUACGGUUCGGCGGCCCACUCUUUUAUUUUGGCAGCUAUCGUUGCUUCCUCUCCGCUGACAGCCGGAACUCCGCAGCAGGAACCUCCAUUUUCCUGUCGCGCGCCCCGCCGUACGCUGGACGCCGCCCAGCCGCAGGUUGCAGCUCUUCAGCCCCUUGGCCCGUGCAGGAUGGAGGACUCUGAGGUGGAGCUGGCGGUUUCGGAGUCAGAUGCUCUGGGCGCAGACUUCAUCACAGUGGAGCUGGACACGCAGCCCAUUGAGUACGUGGUGAAGUGGGCGGAGGUGGGCUCCAAGUUCACCAUCUCUUGCGUGAAGAAGGACUCAGACGAUCCAGGAGACCUGACGGCCGAGCAGCUGAAGAUCGAGACGGACGAGGCCUUCUUUGCGCCGUACGAGGAGGUGUACCCCUGUGAGGUGACGGAGCAGAGCGUAGAGAUAAAGACAGACUCUGACGAGGAUGAUGAGAGUGCGCAGGUAGAACACGAGGUUCUGCUGGAGGCGGGGAGCAGCCACCUGGAUGGCGGGGCAGACUCGGACCAGGCGGACUACGAGCCAGUGGAGCGGCAGUUCCGCUGUAGCUUCUGUGGGAAGAGCUACAGCCACGCCUCCAGCCUGUACCGCCACCAGCAGACGCACACUGGCAAGGGUGGGACACCCCCUGCCGCCAAGCGAGCUUUAGAGCCCGCCCACCAAGAGGCCCGCUACACCUGCCCCCACUGUGGGAUGAGCUUUAAAGGCAGCCGGAUGCUGGGGAGUCACUUGCGGCUACACGGGAAGCGGCGCAUCCACCCCUGCAACAUCUGCGGCAAGGAGUUCAACCACAGCUCCAGCUUGUCCCGCCACCGCCUCAUCCACAAGAAGGGGAAAGGCAUACCCAAGGACGCCCCCUUCAGCACUGGUGUGGCCACCCUGCGCCUCUGCGGCAAGAACAAGAAGGCCAAGAAGCAGCACGUCGCGACCGCCAUCAUCCAAAGCCAUGGCACAGACAAGUUCUACGCCUGUCCACAGUGCGACAUGACCUUCAGGACGUCCACACAGCUGUCCAAGCACCAGGUGACCCACGUGAAAGAGCUGCUGGACAGUUACACGCCCGGCAAGGAGAACCUGGGUGAGAGCUCAUCUGACCUCAAGAUCCGCCUAAAGCUCUGCUCACGGGAUAAGCCCAACUUUUACACCCUCUGCAAGAAGAACCGACGUCGCCGGGGGGGCCGGGCUGGCAGGCGGGGCCAGUCCUCUGAAGACGACGAGAUGUGCGGCGUAGAAGGAAUGGGCCACCAUGUCUGCACCCAAUGCGGGAAGCAGUUUAGCCACGCUUCCAGUCUGGCACGACACCAGCAGACCCACAGGACGAGCGCUGGCGCCCGAGGGAAGCAGCUUCACCCCACGCCUGGACUCCCCCCCUCAAAGACCAAGACCUACACUUGCUCAGCCUGCAACAAGACCUUCAUGCACUCGUCCAGUUUCUCACGUCACAAGAAAGCCCACCUCGAGGACGGCCAGGUCACCGCAAAGCGUCAGAAGAGACCUAUCCUGGACGAAACCGCGCCCCUCGAGUCGGACUCAGAGUGACUCCCCCACCCCCCCUGCUCUGAACUGGAUUGGACCGGUUUGAGGAUAAGGCAUAAGUAUUGACUGGUUCCGGGGUGUUGUGGAACCAAUUCUCGAAAAAAGUUGAAACUCAGAAAUGUUCUGGACCCGUUCUGGUUGUCCAGGUCUCAGGAACUGAAAAUGGUUUCUUCCUCUUUGGUGUAAAUAGCAGCAGGAUAUCCUAAAAUGGUCAUCAGGUGGGGAUGCCGCAUACGGUCACACCUGUAUGGUCAGAACUGACACUUAGCUUUGCGUAUGGAGUAAUGUAAUUAGAUUCAAACAUACACAAUUGCCCUCCCCUUUUACCUCCCUUUCACCUGUAUGGCGGCACCUGCCGUUUCCCAAAGGCAUCAUGGGAAAUGAAGCUGGAUCAUCAAACCAGUUUGCCGCUGUGAAACACGAUUGGAUCGAUCAUCUGUGGUUUUCAUCCACAAAACUGGUCCUUUAAACGACGAGCAGGUCCAAAACUGCAUCGACACCGGACCCGUGAGCAGUUAUCCAACUUUUGAUCCAUUUAGUUGAUUGAUGGUCAGAAGAACUUUCUGUCCCUGUUGGCAGUUUUCCCUACCUCGCUCCAGUGGAUUGGGCUGAUUAGGCCAGCCAGGCUGCUGAUGCUGUGUUUUGAUUGGCUGACGGUGUUCUUUGUUAUCUGGCUGGCCAGUCAAUCUUGGUUACUAUAACAACAGUUUAAUCAUCAGCAGGCAGAAAUGGGUGUUCUAUUCUUCAAAAUAAAAGCUUCUAGCAGAAAUCCACGCUGGAGUCCGAGGGAUGUGUCCCGGCGCUCCUCAGAGAAAACUAUCUUGUCGGGUCCUAAGACGUCUGUUGGUAAGGUGGAAUGUUCUGAUGUUCCAGAAACAAAGUUGUCAUGACAGCAUUGGCUCCUCCUCACAUAUAAAGGUGUUCUUCGUGUUCUCCAGCUCCCGCCACGGUGUAUGGAGCAUGCUGAUGAACUGGGACAGAUGUUUGGUCAGUUCAAGCCUCUGGACUCCACGUUCAUUUGGAGCAGCUCUCACCAAAAUAAAAGCUUUUCCUGUGCCCGCCCAGGAACAGUUAUUGAAAAAGAGUUGGCUUGGAGUUAAUUUAAUGGUGACAUAUUUAUUUUGGUCUCAAUGCCUAUGACCCCCCCCUUUCACCAAGAGACAAAAACACUCAGUCCCUCCCACCAUGUUCCAGUUUUGUUUCUGACACCUCUCCUGUCUACAGUUUAGACCAGUGUUGUGUUGGUUUGUUGCAGUGGGGGGGUGAUGGUGGUUUUCAUUGUAUCGUGUUUGCCAAUAGAAUAAAGCUGUUGACAUGUU